CUGCCGCUCCUUCCGCGGUGGCGGCGGCGGCGGUGGCGGCGCUCGCUCGGGGCAUGGUCCCCGGGUCCGAGGGCCCGGCCCGCGCCGGGGGCCUCGUGGCGGACGUGGUGUUUGUGAUCGAGGGCACGGCCAACUUGGGGCCGUACUUCGAGGGGCUCCGCAAGCACUACCUGCUCCCUGCCAUCGAGUAUUUUAACGGCGGGCCUCCUGCUGAGACGGACUUCGGCGGAGACUAUGGGGGCACCCAGUACAGCCUCGUGGUGUUCAACACGGUGGACUGCGCGCCCGAGUCCUACGUACAGUGUCAUGCACCUACCAGCAGCGCCUACGAGUUUGUCACCUGGCUUGAUGGCAUUAAGUUCAUGGGCGGGGGUGGCGAGAGCUGCAGCCUCAUCGCCGAAGGUCUCAGCACAGCCCUGCAGUUAUUCGACGACUUCAAGAAGAUGAGGGAGCAGAUUGGGGAAACGCACCGCGUCUGCCUCCUUAUCUGCAACUCGCCGCCCUACCUGCUGCCUGCUGUUGAGAGCACCACGUACUCAGGGUACACCACCGAGAGCCUCGUGCAGAAGAUUGGGGAGCAAGGCAUCCACUUCUCCAUUGUGUCUCCCCGGAAGCUCCCCGCCUUGCGGCUCCUGUUCGAGAAAGCGGCGCCCCCAGCCCUGCUGGAGCCGCUGCAGCCACCCACUGACGUGAGCCAGGACCCGCGGCACAUGGUGCUGGUGCGGGGGCUGGUGCUGCCAGUUGGCGGUAGCUCAGCGCCAGGCCCCCUCCAGCAGAAGCAGCCUGGCCCGCUGCCUCCAGCCGCGACCUCUGGCGCCUCACUGGCAGCAGUGCCCCAGCAGCCUCUGCCCCCUGUCCCCCAGCAGUAUCAGGUCCCCGGGAACCUAAGUGCUGCCCAGGUGGCUGCCCAGAAUGCCGUGGAGGCUGCAAAGAACCAGAAGGCUGGACUGGGGCCCCGCUUCUCUCCCAUCAACGCUCUCCAGCAAGCGGCUCCAGGAGUGGGUCCCCCCUUCAGCCAGACUGCAGGUUCUCAGCUUCCCUCAGGGCCUCCCGGGGCCCCUAAGCCCCCCCCUGCCUCCCAGCCGAGUCUGGUUUCCACUGUGGCCACGGGCCCAGGCCUCGCUCCUCCUGCACAGCCCGGUGCGGCCAGCAUGGCGGGCGCAGUGGCCCCUACAGGCGUGAGUGGCCCAGCGGCAGCAGCGCAGCUGGGAGCCCCGGGCCUGGGUGGGCAGCAGUCGGUCUCCAACAAACUGCUGGCCUGGAGUGGGGUCCUCGAGUGGCAGGAGAAACCCAAACCAGCCUCAGUGGAUGCCAACACCAAACUCACACGCUCGCUGCCCUGCCAGGUCUAUGUGAACCACGGCGAGAACCUGAAGACAGAGCAGUGGCCCCAGAAGCUGAUCAUGCAGCUGAUCCCCCAGCAACUGCUGACCACACUGGGCCCUCUGUUCCGGAACUCGAGGAUGGUACAGUUCCAUUUCACCAACAAGGAUCUGGAGUCCCUCAAAGGCCUCUACCGCAUCAUGGGCAACGGCUUCGCGGGUUGCGUGCACUUUCCGCACACGGCCCCGUGCGAGGUGCGCGUGCUCAUGCUGCUCUACUCGUCCAAGAAGAAGAUCUUCAUGGGCCUCAUCCCCUAUGACCAGAGUGGCUUUGUCAAUGGCAUCCGCCAGGUCAUCACUAACCACAAGCAGGUGCAGCAGCAGAAGCUGGAGCAGCAGCAGCAGCGCGGGAUGGGGGCCCAGCAGGCUCCCCCUGGGCUUGGCCCCAUUCUGGAGGACCAGGCAAGGCCCUCGCAGAACCUGCUCCAGCUCCGCCCACCUCAGCCCCAGCCUCAGGGCACUGUGGGGGCCACUGCGGCCUCAGGGCAACCCCCAACCCAAGGUGCUGCUCAGGCCCCCCAGGGCGGCCCCCAAGGCCCUCCAGGAGCAGCCCCUGGGCCCCCUCCUCCUGGACCCAUCCUUCGGCCCCAGAAUCCGGGGGCCAACCCCCAGCUUCGGAGUCUCCUCCUCAACCCGCCGCCGCCCCAGACUGGGGUACCCCCGCCUCAGGCCUCCCUCCACCACCUCCAGCCACAAGGGGCCCCUGCACUGCUGCCCCCACCGCACCAGGGCCUGGGGCAGCCUCAGCUGGGCCCCCCUCUCCUGCACCCACCGCCUGCCCAGUCCUGGCCUGCUCAGCUUCCCCCCCGGGCUCCACUGCCAGUGCCUAAACGCAAGCGUGAGCGAGAGGGCGGCGUGUUCCGAGAAAAGUGGGAGCGAGCCUAUUUCUUUGUGGAGGUGAAGAGCAUGCCUACUUGUUUAAUAUGCAAAAAAAUCGUGUCUGUGUUGAAAGAGUACAACCUGAGGCGCCACUACAAGUCCAAGCACAGUAAGAGCUACGACCAGUACACGGAGCAGACGCGAGACGCCAUCCUCGAUGAACUGAAAAAGGGGCUCAAGUGUCAGUAGGGGCACUGCAGGGCCCGUGAUAGACAGACAAGGCGCGGCUGCUGCCAGCCCACCUUGCGCCCCGUUGGAGCCGCCCUGAGCAUUCCCCUCCUGCACGCGGCGAAUUUUUUAAGGAGCCGUAAGAGACUCUGGGGACCAGACACUCCGGUCUGUGUGCGCCCACGCGGCUCCUGCUCACGGGCGGCCCGUGGCGUGGAAGAGCUGGCCAGUGAUGUCCAAGUCCACUCUCCUGAAAGAAUCCAAUCCAUUGUGGCCUUUCCUGUCGCUGCUCAUGAACCCUUGUCACCUGUUUAGCUUUAUUUAUUCGCUGGGUCAAGAACUGGGGUGUGACCGAACGGCUGUGACGCGGGCCUAGGGCGGCCCACCGCUGGGAAGUGACUUGUGCGCAGGUACGCGCUGGGGCAAAGUGGCCCAUUUGCCAGGUCCAAAUUCCUUCACGCAGCUGUGUGCAUCAGACCAUCUGUCACCCGAGAACUUCUCAGGCCAUCUGGAGCUGGGACAGAGGGGUUCAAAGCAGACCCCCCUCCAUGGACAGCUGCGCCUGUACUACUUGAAUUCAGGCAGGUGGAUGGCACCCUCAACUUGAUGUAUUGUCCAGAAGCCUGUGACCUGGCCGACCCUCUGCCUCUGGGAGCAUAGCUGUCCACCCAGUGGCCCUCACAGAAGGCCAAAAACACCCCUGGGCUUUCCCUGAGGAGGCUGGCGACAGCCCCAGUCGAGGUCACAGCUCUCCUGAAUGCUCGCAUGUCUCCACAAGGACUUUUCACAAACAGCAACUUGAAUGUAUGAUGGUGUUGGGCAGACCGGGAGCACCCGUGGGCCAGGCGACCACAACACUUGGUCAAAUGACAUCACCUGACUGUAUUCACCCAAGUAGGGGCGAGGGGGUGAGAGCCCAAACUCCCCCCAUCCUGCCCCGGAAGGCUUUGUGACAGUGACCAACGUGUCGGCUAACGUGCUCCAAGGAGCACAGGCGUGGCUGGCUUUGGAAACGCGCAGUGCAAUAGGCCCUGUUCCUAGGGCACCGGUUCCAGCCCCGCAGUGACUUCUGGUCGUUCAUGGCCCUGCCCCUCUGUCCGUUCGUUGGCCCGAAGCUCCGUGUGUGAGGGCCGCUGUGCUUGGCAACAGCUGUUUUCCGUUACGAAACUGAAUCCAGCAACACAUGCUGAGAAGCUCUGGAUUCUGGAAUCUGCCCUUGGCGGGUUCGCCACGGCCUAUGUUCCCCAGGGCAAUCCAAGGCCCGACCGAGGUUCUAGGGGUCGCAGGGGUCGUGGCCACCUCUUAGCUUCAAAUCACAGGAGCAGAAGAAAUGAUGAGAGAAGAAAAAUUUUUUCAUAGUUAAAUAUUUCUAUUUUUCAAUUUGUAUUUUUUCAAGUUUGAAUUUGAAAUAUACAACGCCAGUAUCAUA